AUGUCAGUCCCAGAAAUUGCGAUUAUUGGAGGUGGCCCUAGUGGCCUUGCCUUUGCCCGGCUGUUGGAAGUCAAUAAAAUAGACUAUGUUGUCUAUGAACGAGACGCAACCUCAAAAGUAGAGGGUCAAGGAGGUUCUCUUGACAUUCACGGGAAAACUGGCCAACUCGUUUUGAAGGAAGCCGGAUUGUUUGACGAGUUCAAGAAGUAUGCGCGCUGGGACGCCACCAAAACACUUAUUCAAGACAAAACUGGAACUACGCAGCUUGUGUUUGGCGAAGAACAAGAUUCUCCGGAAAUUGAUCGCGCUUCACUGCGCAAAAUUCUUCUCGAAUCUAUCCCACCAAGCAAGAUCAAAUGGAAUCAUGAGGUUGGCAGUAUCGAGAAGUUUGACUCUGGCGAAAUUUCUAUCAACUUCAAGAAUGGUAGCUCUGUCAAAGGGUUCAAACUUGUUGUUGGCGCAGAUGGAGCCUGGAGCAAAGCAAGACACUUGCUCACUUCUGCAAAGCCUCAAUACUCGGGAAAACAUUAUCUUGAAGCCAAGAUUUCCAAUUCAAACCCGUUCCAUCCAACCAUUGCCGAAAAGGUCGGCAGUGGAAACCUCAUCGCAAUGGGAGAAGCAAAGCAAGUUUCAGCGCAGGCGCAGGGAGACGGAUCUUACCGUAUUUAUCUGGGUCUAACCGUGGCUGAGGACUUUGCGACAAAUGGGCCCGUGGAUCUCUCCAAGGCAGACGGAGAGGCUGCACGCAGUCAUUUCGUCACCAAUGCCGACUUCUUCGGCACUUGGGGUUCUCCGCUAAAAGACAUCAUUACAAACUCUGAGGGCGCCUUCAGGCCCUGGCCGCUUUAUCACCUCCCAUCCGAAGCGCUAUCUUGGACUCCAGUUCCAGGUAUUACCGUCAUCGGUGAUGCAGCUCACGUAUCUACACCAUUUGUGGGAGAGGGCGUCAAUUGUUCAAUGUAUGACUCCUUGGUACUAACAUCUCAAAUCGUGGAGCGCGGUUUGGAUCAGCUUGGUGCCGCAGUUGAGGCCUAUGAAAAAGAGAUGUUCGAACGUGGAAAAGAUUUGAUCGAACGAAGCAAUGGCAGCGCAAGCCUUUUAUUUGCGCAAGACGCCCCCAAGCCUCUACUGGAUGUUUUGAACGCUUCAAAGCGGGAUGUCUGA